AAAAAACUGUUAAAAAACUCUGGAGUCUGGACAAUUGGAGCUGACGAAAGACUUCCCGAGGCAAAGGGUUGGGCGCAACUCGGUCUCCGAUUCCCAACGCGUCCUAGUCACACGCCGGUUCUCGCCGUCUUCGGCUUCUUCUACAAUUCCAAACCUCCAAAAAUAAAAUCCUUUUAGCUUUAGUUGCAUUUGUAAUUUAGGAUUUUGUAUAUUACCAAAAAAGUUAAAAAAAACCUGAUCAAAAGUCCGUUUGAUAAAUUGUGAGCUCGUUUGUUCGAUUUUUGCACACGAUUUCUGAUCAAAUUAUCUCUUUUGAAGAGAAGCUGUUCAUACAACCUACAGAAAAUUUCAUCAUUGGAAUUCUUUUUGUGAAGUUAUACGAUCAUGAGUUUUGUUUUUAGGGGAACUCGAGCUGAUAUUGAGAAUGCAUUUCAAGGAAUAAUCCCUGAACGGCGGGUGCGCAUUCAUGCAGCACGACCAGUGAAUACAAAUUCACUUGCUUUCCUUGUAACUGUACUUUUGCUCUUCAUGAUACUAAAUUCCCACCAAAUGUCACCGAAUUUUUUGCUCUGGCUGGUAUUUGGCUUCUUUUUGAUGGCUACUAGCCUAAGAAUGUAUGCAACAUGUCAACAACUUCAAGCACAGGCACAAGCACAUGCUGUAGCAGCCAGUGGCCUACUUCGCCAUACUGAGCUCCGAUUGCAGAUGCCACCCUCUAUUGCAUUUGCCACAAGAGGACGUCUGCAGGGCCUUAGGCUACAGCUUGCCCUUCUUGAUCGGGAGUUUGACGAUUUAGAUUAUGAAACUUUAAGAGCGCUGGAUGCUGACAAUGCACCUUCAGUUCCUUCAAUGAGUGAGGACGAAAUAAAUUCUCUCCCUGUCCACAAGUAUAAGGUUACUGGUAUAGACAGUGAUAUGGUAGCAAAGAAGCAGGCAUCAUCUUCUGCAUCUUCUGAGAAGCAGCAGGACAUUUCUAUCAAUCCUGGCAGCUCAAAAAGCAGCUCAGAAGAUGAAUUAACUUGUAGCGUAUGCUUGGAGCAAGUAAAUGUUGGAGAACUCAUCCGUAGCUUGCCAUGUUUGCACCAGUACCAUGCUAACUGCAUCGACCCAUGGCUUAGACAGCAAGGAACGUGCCCUGUAUGUAAAUUCAAGGUUGGGACUAGUUGGCACGAAGAUGGCCACGAUGAUGCUUCAUACAUGGUCUAAAAAGUGGCUCUGUUCUCAUUGUAUUUAUCCCUGAUUACAACUUACAAGGUUAUGUAGCUUUAGUUCUAAAGUGAAUACCUCUAUAUUCAUGUGAAAAACUAGCUGAUCCACCGGAACGUCUUAGUAGUAGGAGUAUUGGCUGGUACUGAAUUCGGACCAAUCGUCAGGAAAUGUAUACACCGAGGCCACGACCUUGCUUGGUAUUCUGUAUAUGAUUUUCGCAUGUGCUUCUCAUGUGAACGUGCUACAUGCUACGAUACCGGUGGUAGUGAAAAUGAAACAGGGAAAUGUUUGUUCAUAA